AUGGAAGCAUUCAAGAGUGCGCUGAAGGAUUAUUUCGUAUAUGAAGGUAAAGAUGUUAUGUAUCUAAAGAAUGAGAAGCAGAGGGUCAGGGCAGCUUGUGCAAGUGAAAAUUGUCCAUGGCUAAUAUUGACAUCAUGGAAUAGUGCACAUGGAUAUUUUCAAGUAAAAACUUUGUUCAAUGAGCAUAAUUGUGGGUGGAAUUUCAGCAGCAACCUUGCUGAUAGACAGUGGAUAACUUCAAAGUUAGUUAAGAGGCUUCUUAUUCAUCCAGACAUGAAGCCAAAGCAAGCUAUGGAAUACAUGAUCGAAGACUACAACAUCCAACUGAGUGGUAAAAUGAUAAGCAUGGCACUUAAGGCAGCUAAGGAGGAGGUAAUUAGCGACGAAGGAGCACAAUAUGGUAAGAUUAGGGAUUACCUGAUGAAACUGCAUAGGACAAACCCUGGUUCAACUGCAAGAUUAGACGUGAUACCUCAGCCAGAGUCUCUCCCUUUGUUUGAUAGACUAUAUAUAAGUUUAAAUGCUUGCAAGAAUGACUUUAUAGAAGGAUGCAGGCCUUUGAUUGGAUUAGACAGUUAUUUUCUUAAGGGCUAUUAUGGCGGUCAGCUACUAUCUGCAGUGGGUCAAGAUGGCAAUAACCAUUUCUUUGUUAUUGCAUAUGCAGUUGUGCCAAAUGAGUGUAUGCCUUGUAGACAUGCAGUGGCAGCCAUGUCUAAGAUGGGCCUUAGGCCUGAAAAUUUUGUACAUAAGUGGUUGACAAUAGAAGCAGUUCAGCAAAUAGGACAGAACAACUCAAUUGCCAAUGCUGAAAAAACUACAUUAGAUGCUGCUGCUAAGGCAAAGAAGAACAAAAAGAAGUUUCCCAAAACAUCUGCAACAGGACAAUCAAUGAACCAUAGUCAAGAGGAGGAAAUUAAUGUCUCACAGUCUGCACCCCAAGCAGAUGAGGUAAAAAAUGACCCUAAGUUAAAUUGGUGA